GUGCUGGAAGAGACCGAUCUGGAUGAUGAUGGAAAGCUAUCCUACAUUGAAUUUGAACACGUCAUCUUUAGAUCACCUGACUUUAUGACAGGGAACCCGGGAACCCGGAGAUGAUUGAAACUGAUAAACGUGUCCAUAUAAAAAUAGAUACUAAGUUAUAGUCUCAAGCAAAUUCAUAAAAAUUGCUGACAGCGUUAACAACUGAAAACACGCAGCUGUACAUGCCUGACCUUUGCACUUUCGUCUUGAUAUACUGACGUCCAGAGAACCGUGCACAGAUAGAGAGAACUGGGGAGAUAAAUUGACGAUGAGGUUACUCACCUUCUUUAUUGCGGUCCUCUACACAUACUGUGAUGCCACAAUUCAGCUAACAAAGCAGUCCUACAUGAGAUUCCCCUACCAGUUCGCCAAUGGUGAUCCAUCCAAUCCGAGAUACGGACUUUUCCAAAAUGCUGCUCACAAGGCCACCUACCACACUGUUGAUAAAAUUCUAUAUGUUGCUUCUGCACGAUCAACGGAAAAGUAUCUACACAUCAUUGACAUGAACAAUCCGGCCAGUCCAACUAUCCUGAUGACCCACGUGUUCAGUGACGCUGUAGACGGUAUGAUCACUGCAGUGGAGGCGUGUCCAGACACAAUUGCAGUGGCACUGUCCGCCGCGGACCCAGUAUCCGAAGGCCACGUGGAGCUUUUCACUCCAUAUAAUAGAGCAGAUCGUGUCUUUUCUAGAAUUGGUCGAAUAACUGUUGGAGUUCAUCCAAAAGAUUUGUCUUACACUUCGGAUUGUACUCGACUGGUUGUGGCCAAUGCUGGUCCUGCUACAAUCGUUCCAUCAACAAGUAAAUUCUCAGAUCCCGAGGGUACGGUAACGAUAAUUUUCAGAAAUGAUCAGGGAUUUCCCGUAGAGGUCAGCAUGGAUUUCACUCAGUUGAAUGGCAGAGCUGAAGAUUACAUGAGGAACGGCGUCCGAUAUGUCUUCCGUGGAGAUCAUAAUCAAGAAGUAGUUAACACUUUUUCACAGGAUCUCGAGCCCGAGUCAAUAACCAUCAGCAACGAUGACAGAUUCGCUUUUAUUUCAUGCCAGAGAAAUAAUGCAAUAAUGAAAAUCGACUUGACUAAUCAGAGAAUCAUAGAACUUUAUGCUUUGGGAGUCAAGAACUGGACACUUUAUAUGCUGGAUGCCAGUGAUCGAAAUACAGCUGCACACCUGCGUCAUCACACGGUCUACUCAUUCUACCAACCUGGAAAACUUGCGUUUGGGUUAGUCGAUGGUAAAGGAUAUGUCCUGUCCGCCGACACUGGAAAAAUCACAACUUAUACGUCAUCGUCACAAGGUUAUGACUUCAGCGAUGCCCUUAGAGGAAGAGCAGCUUGGAAUAACGGAAUAUUUGAUCAGACCACGAUGGAUUCCACACUCCAAGCGGAAAUCCAGGAUGUUCAACAGCUGGGACAGGUAUACACGAGUGUAAAUGAUGGAAUCAACAUCUAUAAUAAAAUUGAAGACAUUUUCCUCUUUGGUGGGCGUGGUAUUUCUUUGUGGGACUCUACAACGAUGGCCCACGUCUUUGACAGUGGGGACGACCUAGAGAUGAGGGCCUCCCAGAGCUACGCAUCCACAUUUAAUGGGGAUUGUAACAAUGCUAAUAUAUUGCCGAAUCAGCAGGUUGAUCAGAGGUCCGAUGAUAUGGGCCCUGAGCCCAGUGCUAUGGCUGUGGGUACCGUGGGGACCACGUCUGUUCUUGUCGUUGGCUCCAGGAUGGGUGUCUUGUACGUCUUCAACAUGAGAGGCAUCAGUGCUAAUUUUGAGAGCAUUCACCGUGAGGGUAGAACAGACGACACAUGGAACAACCUGUACAAUGCCGAUGCAGCUGGAGAUCAAGGUGUCUCCGAUAUUGGAUUUGUUAAUGCACAGGACAGUUCCUCUGGAGUUCCUUUUAUUUACGUCAUCGGACAAGCUACCGGUUCACUCUCCAUUUACUCUGUGGAAGACGUAUCCUGAAGUUUGAUAUUAAAUGUUAGCCUCAUGGCAAAUGUUUA